AUGGCUGCCACAUGGCGUGUUGCCAAAGACAUGAUGUUCCAAGGCAACUUCAAAGCCCCAGAAGUUGACAUGUCUGGAAAGACUGUGGUGAUUACAGGACCCUCUCGUGGUGGCAUUGGCUUUGAAACUGCUUUGGCGAUCGCACAGCAAGGUGCUCAAGUCUUGCUUGCGGCCAGAAACGUUGAAAAGGCUACUUCAGAUCUCGAAAUCAUCGCUUCCCAUACUGGUCAAGCAGGCAAACUGAAGGUUUUCAAGUGCGAUGUGUCCAGCAGUGAGAGCGCCCAUGAAUGUGCAAAAGAGAUCCUCAAAGCGCAUUCAACCGUUGAUGUUCUGAUCAAUAAUGCCGGGGCAGUCUUUGAAGAGGAGAAGACAGUAGGAGCUGGCGUGGAAAUCAGCUUUGCGACAUGCGUUUUGGGUCAUCAUGUCUUGAACCAUAAAUUGAAACCUCGAAGGAUUGUGUGGGUCACCGGUGAUAUCUACGCCAUCUCAGAUGGCACUGCAAACCCAUACUUCAAAGGUGCAGGUGUCUCCGCAUAUGCCAAUGCUUGUUUGGCACGCUUGAUGUUAGCACUGGAGAUGAAGCGCCGGGGCAUUUGCCAAGAGAUUGUGGCAGUUCAUCCCGGAGUCAUUCGCUCGCAGUUCAUCAAGCCCAAAGGUUGCCUUGAAGGUGCGAUGUUGGCGACCUGUGAUUGGGCAAGAAUCGAUGUGGUCGCAGGGGCACAGAGCAGCAUUUAUGCAGCCACUUGUCCUUCCGGGGACUUUCCAGAUGAGACCAUUUACUUGCACAACAAGUACGGCUGGUAUGUUUUGGAGCCGAGUGAUCUUGCAAUGAACACCGAACGCAGCCAAGCUCUUUUUGACGAAUGUGACCAAUUGUGCAGCAUUGCCAGGUGA